AGUGAUGAGGAGAUAAGGAGUUUAGUCUUUCUCGCCUGUACGGUAAGUAAGGCUCAUCUUUUAUUUGUUCGACUCAAUGUAUUUUAUAUGUAUAUAUAUAUAUAUAUUUUUUCAGUAUCAUCAUUAAAUGCGUUCAUCCGACAAUCUUCUUAUCCAUAUUUUCAGGGUGAAAUUACCUUAGAACAGCUGAAGAAGAGAGGAGAUGCUAAGCUUCGUGGCAAGGAAUAUCAGAAAGGAUUUGCUAUUUAUUCCAUAGCUCUCAAUUGCCCCAUUAUGGGCUCCACAGAUGUCACAAUCAUCGCUGAACAACUCUAUCGCAAGAGAGCAGAAUGUUUGUUUAAAAUGGUAAAUCAUUCUUAAACAAAAUCGAAUGAAACCGAAUGAUUGAUGGUGCUCAUUUUCUUUCUUCCACAGGGCAAAUAUUUCGAGGCUAUUAAAGACUGUGAACAAGGUAGUGUACGCUCAGAGAAGAUUAUGGUACAUUGAUAAAAUACGACUUGAUAUUACUCAAGUCCGUGUGAAACACUCAUUCUAUUUUUUGCGCUUUUUGCUAUUGAUGCCUUGAAUAUACAAUUAACAACGAAUUCACAAAUAAAUGUCCUUCUGAAUGCUAAGGGGAUGUCUUUCUUGCUCUUGAAAAGCUGUCCUAAAAAAACAGACAUGCCCAAGGCUGUAUAGUGGUAAUCACAUCGCUGUAAUCAGGAAAAUUUAACAUUUAAAGCAAAACCUUGAUGCAGUCGUCUAUUUUUUUUCCAAUGGUUCCGUGAUGCCUAAGUUACCUAAUUUAUUAACAGCUUAUUUAACUGUUUUCAACAUAAUUAAGAAUAUUUAUUUUUUAACAGUACUUGAUCCCCUGCUCUAGGUUUUCUUAACUAUUAAAUUCCCUUUUGUGUCAAGUUUGACACAUAUCGGUUUUUCUAAUUACUUUCAUUUCAGUCUGUUGACUAUGUUAGGUUAUUUAUUAAUAAGUAAUACCACCUAUUUUUAUUUGGUUCAAAUUACCUCUUCACGGAUAACGGUUUAGCAAAGUUAACCUCCCUUUUUUGUACUAGCCAUUGAAAUUGCAGACGAAACCAAUAGUAGCAGCCUAUUGAGCAAGUCUCUUUUCAUCAAGACGACCGCAAUACAAAAUCUUGGUGAUUAUGUGAAUGCCCUGCCCUUUGCUGUGUGGUGCAAACAUUUAAGACCAGAGGUAAUUCAGUAGACAAGUACAUGUAACAAUGUUUUAGCUGUGUGGUAAUAGUCUCCUAAAUUUAGUUUAGUCUUUAGAGAAAAAAAAGGGAUCAACGGCCCCAUCCCUAGUUCUUAGUCUGUCAGAACAUUUAUGCAUGAACUGGACGUUUUCAAAUACCUGGUUUAAUGUCGUAGUUGAACGUGCAAAUCUAAUUGUGAUAUCAUGUUGAUUUAGAAAUCUUAUACAAGACUUUGCUAUGCCCUUAUAAGUUACAGAGGCUUGCGAAAACAUUAAACUGACCCAAGAAGAGUCUUUAAAUCAGAAAGAAGAGUAACUGAUGAUAUCUAAAUCAAAUUUUCAGUUAGUAACAAUGUAACGUACUAACUGAAAGUGAAGAAUGAUCAUCGCAGUAAAUUUUCCAAUUUAAGCAAUUGGAAAGAAGAAGCCUGAAAAAUAUCAGGGCUUCAACGGGAUUCGAACCCGUGACCUCCGCGUUACCGGUGCGUUGCUCUACCAACUGAGCUAUGAAGCCACACAUUGGGAGCGAGGUCAAUUUGUGGAGUUCAUAUCUCCCGUGAGGAGUGAAAUGAUGUGAAGUAUAUAUGAAAUAAUUCAUUUUUGAACUGCGGUUGUACAUGAAAGUUCUUUCCAAUUGCUUAAAUUGGAAAAUUUACUGCGAUGAUCAUUCUUCACUUUCAUCUACAACCGCAGUUCAAAAAUGAAUUAUUUCAUAUAUACUUCACAUCAUUUCACUCCUCACGGGAGAUAUGAACUCAAUAAAUUGACCUCGCUUCCAAUGUGUGGCUUCAUAGCUCAGUUGGUAGAGCAACGCACCGGUAACGCGGAGGUCACGGGUUCGAAUCCCGUUGAAGCCUGAUUUUUUUCAGGCUUCUUCUUUCCAAUUGCUUAAAUUGGAAAAUUUAGUGCGAUGAUCAUUCUUCACUUUCAUCUGCAACCGCAGUUCAAAAAUGAAUUAUUUCAUAUAUACUUCACAAUGUACUAACUGUGAAUGAUGCACCUGUUCCUAGUGUGAGAAGAUCAAGGCAACCUUAUGUACUAUAAAGGACAAGCUGAGCGAAAUGUUUCAGGUAACUUCUUAGAGUAUGUAUUAGUUAAGGCCUGCAAUUUAGUUUUUGAUAGGGAAUGCCUCCCUGAUGGCCAAAUUACAUCAAUUUUUCUAUUCCCGAUUUAUAAUUCCUGUUGACGACAGUAGUUUAUUUCGGUUCUGAGGUUUGACACUCCAGAUAAAGCAUAGCUUCGUAGCCAGGAUUUUAAUCUAAGGAAGUUUGGUAAAAGCUAUCGCCUACACCCACUGACACCUCAACAUUUUCAAACCUAUUAAUGAGAUUGAAGUUCACAAUGAAUUUGUCUUGUUGCAAAAUAGGUUAGCACAUUUUAAGUAUAUUCCUUACACCUGUUUAAACCUGUUAUAAAAUAGCUUUAAAAAAGUGCAAAGAUGCUGUAACUCUCUAAUGAAACAGUGUGUGCGAGUAAUGAAUAAGGAGAUAUGGUGUUUUAACAGGAUGAUUUCAUCGUCCAUACAGUACUGGUUACAAUGCUUACAUUUUCAAACGAAAUGGAGAUGUCACGUCAGAAUCCCGAAGUAGCUGUGGAGUGUUACAGUGAGACACUAGAGAUUCUAUACUUCAAGUUCCUCCCUGAAGUUCUUCUUGGAAGGGCAAGGUGUUUAUUAAAACUGGUAAGGAAAAGAUGCUCAAAGGAUCCCAGUUGUAUUCAUAAAUAAAGAUUUCAGGGAUCUCUCCUGGUAGUGCUAGUUAGCCUGCUUCUCCGCGCUACAUUUUCUGCCCGUAUAAGCCACUAUAAUUUUCUCUUCAAAAAUACUUGACAAGCGAGGGAAGUCUCGGACAUCGUGGUUCAUCCUUGCGUACAGCACAGUAGCCUCUAUUUUAUGACUUCUUAACUUCUUUAAUGCCUUGGGCAAAAAAGUUAGGAUCGAGGGUAUGCCAAGGUUUAGCACAGGUGACUCUUUGUUGUUGUUGUUGUUGUUGUUGUUGUUGUUUUUCUAUGCGAUCUUUUCCCGAGGUUAAUUAUAGACAGUGUUGCAUGAAUUUGCUGUUCGACAACUCAGCAGCCGAUAAGGAGGUCCUCUCGGAAGGGAUUCUUCAAUCCCGUUUUCUGGGGAACAACCUUUUUAAAGGGGCACCUUCAACCAGUGUGCACUGCGGUCGUGCACUUCACCGAAAUCAUUUGCUGAAUGUAGAAAUUACGAACGUUCUGAUUGUGUUUGAAAAUCGGAUUGUAUCUUCACAACCUAAGGCAAUAGCAGGCUGUGAUACCCUUCUUAAAAGAAACUGAUGCAAUCCUGUUAUCAAAUGAAAUGAUUUCGGUGAAGUGCACGACCGCAAUACACACUGGUUGAACGUGAGCCUUUAACAAGCUUCUUGCAUAGGUGUUGACUGUGUAACUUUUUGUGAUCGGCCUCAAAUUAAUUUUUUUUAGCGGCGAAUAUAUACCUCUUGUUACUGGAAACCACAUUUCCUUAGCCUCGUAUCACAAAGUCGCAACAUUUCGGCGCAACCCAUUCAUGAUGACAAUACAGAAUCUUAUUCCCUUUUCUACUAAAAUCCAAUACUAAGCAAAUAUUAAAACGACUCCUACAAAAAAUCACUUACCAGUGCCCCACACACAAGUGUGGUAAUCGCUCCACUUCAUCAGAUCUCACGGCCAUCUAGAGAGAUCUAGUCUCAUCAAUGCUAAUUUCUUGUAAUUUUCAGGGAAGACACACAGAUGCAAAGAACGAUUGUGCAAGAGGUGUGGUUACUAUCGGUUCUCUUUCAAAUAACACUUAAUUCAAACCAGCUUUUGCAGGUUUUCUUUAAAACUACAGCUUAAUCAAGUUUCCAUGAUGCCUUUUUUAAAUAUGAAACAUUGUUUAUUUUUAGUACUUUGGUUUGAAAGCAAUAACGAAAAGGCUUUACAAAUGAUGAAGCAAAUUACAGAAAAUAUGAAGAAAACCAAAGAGGAAGAAACAGCUAAAGACAAGGUACAUUCGUUGUCAUUUUUCACUUUUCUUACCAAAGCUUUAACCCAUCAAUGGUGACUCGAACUUUGAGUUUAUAACUAUUUUGUUUGCUCGCUAAUUAACAGAAACAUUAGACCAUGUUUAUGGGCAAAGGGAAAUACAUUAAAACGCCUUAUAAUUGAUUGGAUUAGCUCCCUAAUAUCGCUUGAGAGGAGGCCACGAGUUCAUAAAAUUUUUAUAAGAUUUUUGAGUACCGUUUGCAUGUUAGUUAGAAAAUUUAAUUAUUAGAUAUACUAUCAGUAUUAAAUAUUCAAGAAAAAUCUCCUAAAGGUGGAAAGCAGCGAGGUGCAUUUAGCUUACCGAAAAGAGUUGAGAUAUCUUUAAUAAACUAAAUUAAAUUAUCCCUAAUAUUUAAGCAAUAGAAAAGGUUUUCCAUGUUUGCAUAGCCUUAUAUAGACACGAGAGUGGUUGGGAGAAUUCGAGACAGUUAUGCAAACCCGAGACGAAGUCGAGGGUUUGCAUAACAGUCAAGAAUUCUGCCAACCCCUCGAGUGUUUAUAUCAGGCUAUGCAAACACCGGGAAAAGUUUUCUAUUGCUUUUAUAAAAUAACUUUCCUGUGAAAAAGCGCAAAGGGAUUAAAAGGGAAAUUCUUACCAGUCGCAAAGUCUUGUACACGAAGUCUUGCACGCGUAAUCAGUUCUUGUUUUGCAAAAAGAUGCCUCCCAGAAUACGGAUUUUUCUCGCUUAAAAUGUCAGCUUAAGCGAAAAAAAGUAGACACAGCUUGUUCGUAAAGAUUUUCAGCCGACGAAGGAAUGGAGAAAUAAAGUAAACUUGUCGAGUUUUGAUCACUAAAACGUUUUAAAAUUCGUGUUUGCGUGAUUAGCGCGCGAAAAGCAAAACAUCUCACGUUACAAUUACCAUGUUUACAGACUCUCAUGCAAACACUCCUCUCACCCAAUAAGAGUGCGCGUACUAUCUUAGUUAUUUUAUAAAAGACUUUAUUAUAUGGCUGAGUCUGCUUUCGCCAUGCGAUUGGUCAAUUUGCGGUCCGUAACUUGCUGUACGGACCAAAAUUUCAAAGAAAAUGCUCAUUUGGGAGCUCUAAAUCUCUUUACCUCGGAAAAAAGGUUGAAAUUAAGUUACAUGACGUCUAUCAACCUUGAGGACUUAGACUUUGACUUUGUCCUUCAACAUUUUAAACUGUGUUUAUUUGUGAACGAAGGCGAUGAAGAAACUAACUCGUAAUCUCAUCGAAGAGGAUUCUAGUCAGUGUUUGAAAAUUUCAUCGCAGUACACAGUUAAGAAGACGAAAAUUAAAUCGACUGGCAGAGAUUCGAGACGUUUUGCCUAAGAGAAAAUGAGUAAUUCCUUCGACAAAUAUGAUAACAAACAUGCCUGCACCCGAUCAUCUUGACGAGCUUCUUUGUCAUUUGCAGUGUUUUUCCAAAGACCAACGAAAGAAAGAUAGAAGCGACUCCGAGCCAGACACAAUGUCCAGUUUUCAAAAGACUGCAACGUCACAUUGGCGAGUGAAUACUUACAGUGCUCUUAGUUUUGACCGAAAAUACUUAAAAAUAUGUCUUUAAACCCUGAGGACUGGGAUGUUGACUUUGCCUUUCCAGAUUUUAAGCUAGCUUUGUUUGAAUGAGAACGAAGCUGAUGUAGAAACUGAAUCGUAACCUUUCCGUGGAAGAAAAUAUGGUCCGUGUUUGAAAAUUUUAACACGGAUCACGCUUGAAGAAGAGAAUGAACUGGCAGAAAUUCGAGGGGUUUUCCCAAAAAAAUUAACGAGCGAAUCCUUCGACAAUGACAACAAACUUACCUUGAAAAGCUUCUUUGCCUUUUGCAGUGUUUUUUUUUAACAAGGGCCAACGUAUAAGAUGGAAACGACUUCGAGAAAGACACAGUGCCAACAAAGGAGACUUUUGUCUGAUUGGCUGUCAGAUUUUGUAGUGUUCAGUCUCCUAAUCACGCGCAAGAGAGUAAACAAAGAUGGCUGCCAAAGCCAAAGUUCUCCUUCGUUCCAUCGUUCCGAAUCGUUCGUUCAAGAUGGCAUGGAAAGGUUUACAAAGUGUGAUGUCUUUCUCUCAGCCUAUAGUACUUAUAGGGGGCGUUGACAACUUUUUUUUAUAUGCGUAUAUUGCUGAGUGCGUUGCAAAAAGAACUCAUCUGAAGCAAAGUACAUCGGUUGGGAUGGGAAAUUUUUAAUUUACAAAUGCUACAAUAGAGUCUUUUUCGGAGGAGGAAACGUAUUUUCAACUUCACUGAAACGUCCUGCCGACCCGGGGGAAACGGAGAAAGGUAAGCUUAUUGUUUAAGUGGUAUGUUUUAUCACUCAAACUGUGUACAACGUCUUGAUCUUCAGUUAUUUAAAUGUUCUUGAGUUUUAUAUAAGCUUAGGCCUAGUUUUUCUGUUUCUUGCCAGGUUGUGAAUUUCUGAUUCUACUGUCUCUUAAUGACGAAGUGAUGCAUGUAGCGACUCAGAGACCUCCUUAUGUUUUUAAUUUUUUUCAAAACAUUUCUCACCACGACACCUUCUAUUAAAAUAAGUUACCUGUUUGCUACAAAACUAGGGAAGAACUGGAGUCGGUAAACGUCUGGGUGCUUUCCUAACGGAUGCGGUUCACUGUAAUAAAUUUAUAAUAAAUGCUAAAGGAGGGACCCACCAUAUACAUGUACUUGACUUAAUCACUUUUUUGCUGGUUAUUUAAUACAUGUAAAUGUAGUCCAUAGUAUAAGCAAACACUACAUCUGCAUCAUGAAUAUGUGCUGUUUCUCAUAGUCCUGGGAGCAGCUACUCAACAACAUUUUACAACGGGUGGUUUCGCCCCAAGUUGCCUACAUUUCCCUGCACCCUUUGAGGAUGUGCAAACACAUAGACCAAUCCCAAGGUCCAAUGUCUUAUCCUUUAUUGCUGACAGGAAUGGUGCUCCUUUUCUCUCUUUCCCCCUCCCCAUGUUCAAACUAUUUCUUAAAAAAAAAACUAGCCACUUGAUGAAUAAAAGGAUAUACCCUUCCCAAACACCAAACCCGUAAGGACAGACCAGUAGUAGAAAUCAGAAAUCAGAGUGGGCAGUGAUGUUGUCUAUCUAGCUUUAGCUAUGAUAGUAUCCACUUCAUUGUACAUACACUGUAUAUACUGCACCUACUACUAACUAGUGCUCCACAUUGUGCAAUGAAGCUGGUGCUGCAUGCUUCUCACUCCCAGGGUUAGCUUGCAGAUUAUUUACAUUUUUGCUGAUCACUUGAGACUCUUGCAGCAGACUAAGCUGGGAAAGGGAUACUGUUGUUUACUGUUGGGUGGUUGUAACAUACGAGUGGGCCUAUCACUAGAGAGCCUUAUUUGCCAGGGUACUUAGAACUGGAAUACAUUAAUUCUUCUUAUUUGCAAAUAGAUGGAUGGAAAAUUAGGGGAGCGCAUAACCAGGGUUUUAAAGUAAUCCAUUUUCAAUUUUUUUCUUUGAUCCACCUGAACAGUAGUUAAAAGAAUAUGAAUGGACUGGCCAGAAUUACUUUAGGGAAUGGACCAGUCUGAAUGACACUAAGUUGUAAUAAUUAAAUACUUUAAAAGUCAAGGAGAAUGGACUUUGAAGUAAACAAAACCAGAUUUGUUUUCACUUAAUUAAAUAACAAUAGAUAUCAUAGCUAAACAUUUCACUAGUCUUUCAACUUUUGCACAUUUACAUUUAAUUUGUGACAUAAGUUUCCUGUUAAUUCAAUAUUUAAGAGGAGACUUUCUGUUUCAAUGCCUUUUAAUUUCAUUUCCUCUCAAGCAAGUAUAAGGUUACAUGGGCCAGUAUGUCAUCCACUUUGACCUUAUUGGAGAGCUUUUGUGUACUCCAGUUUGACCAUUAUUUUUGUUUUCGCAAACACCUGAAAUAGGUGUGUAAAUUGUAUAUUUCAAAACAGCUGCAUCUGCAAGACAACAAAACGACAUUUUUAUCACUAUUACAUUUUCUACACCACAUACGACAAGUUUUCUCAGAGUCUUAGAUUUUCGAAAUGGUUCGAAGAAAAUAGAUGUCACGCCAUCGCUUACGAAUGAGCAAUUUUGAUCGUAAGAGAUCCCGCUUCAACCUCAAUUUUGAGCAACAAGAACACCCCAAACAAUACCAUUUUUUUAUGCCAAGUUGUAGCAGAGUAAAUGUAGUUUCACCUGUGAAAGCCGAUUCACAUAUCACAACUUAGUUUUUCGGAUACUUAGGGGGAACCCCGGGCUGUUCAAUGUAGAUCCGCCUCUGAAAACGCCUUUCGAGUAAGCAUUGUUUACUAAAAUGCUGAAAUAUUUGGUUACAUACGCCCCAAGAAAACCAAACGUGGCUGAAAUAAUCUUCCUGUCACCUUUUAUCAAAUAUACAUUUCACUUUAACAGUACACCGCAAUUCCGCUCAUUUGUAACUCUUCAAAACUCGAUGCCCUACAAGCAGAAUUUCUUAAAUUGGUUUUCAACCGCACGACCUUCACCCCACUUUUUGUAUAUAACGGAACACCCCAAAUUAGGUACCAAAUUUUGACAGCAGAUAGUGUAUACAUGAAAGAGUUACUCAUUGAUUGAAAUUUCCAUAUCAAAAACGAACACAAAAGUCUCAAGGAUUGGAGCCCAAAUUUUAAUUUUCACGUAGAACAAAACUUAACUUAAUAAAUUCCAGCCUACGACUUGCUAUUAAAUAACACGGAUUAACGCCAAACGACAGCUGUGUCCAGAAUUUGAGACAAUAACUUUAUUACAAUGCUGGACCCGAAUUCAAAGAAGAAAUGAUGAAAACUGAGCUCUUAAGAACUUGUUGUUUAUCGGCACUUUGAUUUUGAAAUGCAAAUAGCGUGGCUUUUUCGCCAGCGCAUGACAAGACGAUAAAAAUCUAAAAUACAAGCGCUAGGAACCACAUAAUGAAUUGUACUUACCACAAUAGACCUUCCCCUUUUUGUUAGGGUCGAUUAAGACCUGAGGAACCGCCUUGGGCCACAUAAAAAUGACUCCACGAUUGCUCGCCGAAGCAUUGUUGUGGUGAGAUCGCCAUCUUUGUUGAUGUUAUGUGUCUACAAGUAGAGCUUUAUCGACCGAAAAAAUACCGUAAAGAACGUGAAACAUGCUUUUCUGUCUUCACGUUGAGUUUGUUUUUAUGUUAAUGUCCUUUAACUGGCUUACCGACGACCUGUUGAAGGAUAAUCCUCCUUCGAAGUUCGGGUGAUCAAUUUUUGCCGCUCAAAUUUGUUUGUUCUGUGAAAAGUAAGAAAACCCGAGAAACCUGGGAAUAGUUCGAGCAUGCGCAGACAAAAGUCACCUUUGUUCACAGUGCCCGGUUUCCAAAAUACUCCAGCGUUACAUUAAAGAGCUAAAACUUACAGCGCUCUUAGUUUUGACAAAUAAACCAUUUUCAACAUGGCGAAUUUGUGUUCACUUUCUCGGAAACCCUUUGUUGUGUGCUAUUGUUUUCGUGAGCCAGUAGAAACUUUCUUUCUCGACGCCUGUCAAAUGAUUGUCAAAUCGCGCGUCCUGCACUUGUUUCUGGUCCCCCAAACUGAAAGAAGCCAUAUAAUAAACAUCGCAUUAGCCUCGUUUUUUCGGUCCGUACUGGAAAUUACGGAUCCUCGUUUUUUUCCAUCGAUUUAUGGCCCGCGCGCUUCGCACUUGGGCCAUAAAUCGAUGGAAAAAAACUCGGUCCGUAAUUUACAGUACGGACCGAAAACUCGACUAAUAAGAGGCAUUUACGUUAUUUGCGAACUACGAAUGACAAUAUUAUAUGCAAGUAUGCUUCAAAAGAAUGUACAUAAUCCGAACAAACUUAAAGACAGAGUGGAUGCUGCUGGUUCACAUUCCAUGUUACUUUUCUUUAAAUCAGUAUUUUUAAAUUUCACAACCUAUCAUACAGGUGUAUAACGACAGAUUUGUAUUUUUAGUCGCUUUUGUUUUUCUUUUUUUUAAAGGCCGAGCCUCAAGAGGAAUUCCCGAAAGAAAAGAAAUCUGAUUCUCACACUGAUAGCAUUUGGAGUCGUCGUUCUGUUGAACCAUUUCGGCUUUCUCGUGAUGACCAGGUUUGUCAGUUCAGUAUUUUGUCCACUAAGAUGUUCAUACCAUACCGUUAGAAAGCAUUGCAUGACUCAACGUUUAUCCCGUGCCAUUCAUCAUGACUUUACUGCACUCUUUAAAAUCACGCGAACUCUGAAGUUCAAAAGCCGCCUUCACACUUCAUUACGUUUUUCGCUGCCAUUAUUCAUAAUUAAGAUCACAAACAACGAUCCUUGAAACACAGAUACGCCCAAAAACGGAUCGAAAUCCACUUAUCACAAAUUGGACGGCAGCGAAAAUCUCAAACGGCAGUUGGCUUUUAAACUUCAGAAUUCCCGUGCUUAUGAAAAGCGCAGUAAAGAAACUCGUGCGUCACAGAUAAACCCGAAGAAAGUCACCUUAAUGUAAUGCACCUAUCAAUGUAAAUCCCGUGGGGGGUGCGGGCAAAAGGCGGGGAUUUGAUGCCUGAGACUAUCCCCCUGUCGGGAUUUUGAUCGUGCGGAGCAACCCCGGAGUCGGGACAUUUGACUUUGACCGAUAGAAGCCUGGUAUUAAUUCAGAAGCGGUAAGCAAGUCCGUCCCUCGAGGCUUUCUGAAAGUCACGCUGUUGGAGAAAGUCAUGAAGUUUUCAUUUGUUUUAAUCGCCAUAAUCCGAUACUUUACAUGUACACUGUCAUCUAAACAGAUAAUGUCUAUUUUGAGAAAGUUUUUAUCUUCAAGUUCCCAUCUGAUUGUAAACCUCAACUGAAAUCGAAUUCUACCAUGAAAAUCAGAGGAUUUUUUACAGGUCACUGAUCCGACCUGUUCCGACAUGUUGACCCGAUGUUAUAAAGCAUUUUACGUUUCAUUAAUAUAAUAGCACGGUCAAUCUUCCUGGAGUGAUUAUGUUUUUCAAAAUAAGAGAUACUAGUAGAGAGAGAAAAUACUUAAUUACAGCGAGUAAUUUAACGGAGCUUACGUUAACCUUAAAUAAAAGUAGUAAGAACGUACUUUUGAAAUGUUCUUUCAUUUGUUUUAUAUAGUAUUAUAGUAUUGUUUGUUUAGAUUUUUCCCCUGGGGUGGGCGCUUUUUUGACACUUUUGAUUGACCUUUCAUUUCCCACCCUGGGGAAUUUGAUCAAAAAAUUGUACAAUUGGUCAAAUCCCCACCUCUUGCCCGCACUCCCCCCGCCCCCCAAGGGAUUUACAUUGAUAGGUGCAUAAUCUGUACACAACCAUUAGUAACUAAGGCCAUCCGAAUAAAAUGUUUCGUUUCUCAUCGCCCGACCGACCCAUUUUUUUCGAAAAGUCAAAGCAAAAAAUUUCCAGAUUCACUAGUCAAAGAUGCAAGUACUUUAAUUUACAAGCACACGAUCUUGUUUUAACAACAAUUGGUAUGAUGUGAUGUCCUUGCCUUCAAUUAACAUCGAUACUACGUUUUUAAAGGCUGUUUAGACAUUUGAUAGUCGUGUUAAUAUACAUCUUUUACCAUCUGAUUAUAUAUCUUGCAGACUGAACGUGAGUUUUAAUAUGCAAAAUAAACUGGAGGAAAAAGUUUUCAUUCUUUUUUUUUUUGUUUUUUUUUUUUGCCCGACUUACCGACCCACCAUGACAACAGACGGGGCGAUGGGAAACGAAAAAUUUUAUUGACAUGGCCUAAUGAUCGACAGCUUUUCAAUGAGCAAAGUUUCUUUUCACAAUAUCAAAAAACACAUCCAAGCCUCUAUUAGCCAUGUUAUAUGUGAGCUGAGGUUGUUGGUGUAUACCCGUCAAUGUAUGAAUAUAAUUAAUUUUGUAACUCCUAUAGACAUCACUAAACAUAUUGCUUGAUAAUGCUUGCUUGAAGGGUCAGUAUUCACAUAGAGAAGAGAACGAAGCUUCCGCCAAAGUAGAAGGUAAAACAUUCAAUGUAUUUUUAUCAUUCAACCUGCCUAUCUUUGCCUACUGAGUUCUUAUUUCUGGCAGCACAGAAAAAGGUCCAAUUUUCCUUUUAGGUUUUGAAAAGCAGGCAGAGCUGGAGCAACAGCAAGUGGAGGAUGAAGAAUCUGGUACGAUUCAGUUUAGUUUGAUACCACCGCAAAUUGUUUGAGGUUUUUGCUCUCUGAAACGUACAUUUCAUUGAUAAGGACUGAUUUGGCCCAUUGUAGCUAAGGCGGAAAAGAAGAGGAUGAAAAACAAGCAGAAGAGAAUGAGAAAAAAGGAAAAGAAAAAGGAGCAGCAGAAAAAGCAUACCGGUUUAGGUAAACAAGAGUUGAUCUUCUGGAUACAGUCAACACCCUUUAUGGCGGACAUUGUAGGGACCUCGAAUUAGUGUCCUCAUUAGCCAGAGUCGGUAAUAGCGAGAGUUUAAUUUAGUCAAACUUAUAUAAUUUAUUUUUUCCUGGGAUUUAGCCGCUGUCCGUAUUAUCGGGAUAUCGGUUGUAGCGAGGUGUCCGCGAGACGAGAGUUGACUGUAUUUUGAAGACGGCUAGUCAUUACACACUGAGCAUUUUCUAUGUUUGCCAAAAACACUUUCUUGCAUGUCAUUUACGCUAUGUUCACAAGGCACCGGAAAAAUUUUCGACCGGUUGAAACUUCCUGCUUUUAGCUGCUCCAUUCAAGAGGAAUCACUAAACCUUCUUAACCGUACGAAAAUUUAGACGCCUAUUUAAGCCUCAAAAUUGCCGUGUGAACAGGGCGAAAAAAUUAAUGGGUCCCAUGUGAACGUCUCCGGUGAAAAAUUGGUCCGGUGUCGUGUGAAUGUAACCUUAGAGCAAAAAGGUUUUCAUCUUGGCGUUCCGGAAUACACUUUUGUCAGGACUUUCAAAAAACAACAAAAAAGGUAAAGGCGCACACGAGUCAAAGGCCCAAAGAUAGUGGCGCAGUUCCCAAUCCCUCCCCCUGGACCUGUUGAGUCAGUCAAGUCAAGUAUAUGGCUGAACGUGUUUUCUUUAGGCUCAGUUAUUUUGAUUGAAGUGACUUGCAAUUGUUUGUCAGAUCAACAGACGAUUUCUAAAACAAGCACUGAAGCAGACAAAAAUGAAUCAGAUGGAGUGGAUUCUGUAACUGAAGAACCAAUUGCCACAAGAGUGGAUUCUGUAACUAAAGAAUCCGCUGUUAGCAUAAUGGAUUCUGUAACUGAAGAACCGUCUGUCAUUGAAGAACCAGCUGUUAGCAUACCGUGUUCCGUCAACAAAAAAAUGGGAGGAUCUCUAAAAACUCUUUCGUCUACUUUUAGAAAUUCGGUUCUUUGCGAAGAUCCCUUCGCAAAAGACUUUAUACCGGUACAGAAUUCUCGUCGUCCUCGCAAGCAAGCAGCUAUGGCCCAAGAUAGGCAUGUUCACUGCAGAGUUCAAGAACCGUUCAGCUCCCCGAUAGAAGGCAAAAAGCAAGAAGAAGAUGUCACGUCGCAGGGAAACACAGUACCGCAAAUUCAACAGAUAUACCCAAGUGGAGCUCUCGAAAUUCAAGAGAGUACAAACCAAAGAAAACGUGAAGUACCAGGUCACUCAAGUUUUGACUUGGAAGAAUUCCCACCCUUGGACGGUUCCAACCUCAUGUCGGCCCAUGACCCCAUAAAAGCUCCAAACGCCUCAAUCAAACUUCCGCCUCCAGCUACUAUGCUGAAUUUAAAAAGUGAUGAAAAGCCAGAAAUGCAUUUAAGUCCUGAAAAACGUUCAUCAGCAUCCCUUCACGCCUUAAGCAGUAGUAGUACUACUGCUUCUCACACGACAGGUCUUGAAAAAGACAAAAGCAGACAGCCUUUCCUUCCAGUCAACCUCUCUCAGAGAUCCCAAAGUGACAGUCAAUCACAUGAAAUGAGUAGUCCCACACGGAUCCCUCAGGGAGUGGAAGUUGUAUGUGACCACUUUCUACAGGAUAACCGCACCAAGCCAUCAAGUAUCCAUUUCAAAACCAAGACCUGCAAAGAAUGUAAAGACACUGGCCCGUUGCGGUUCGCUGUCUGGAACGCUACCGACUGCUGUUGGCAACUGAUGCGACCAUAUCCUGCCCUUAAGGUUCCGCUCAGAGCUACUUUGUCCGUUUGCAAGCACUUUGCAACUUUGAGACCAUGUCCUAAGGAUCCUUGCACUUUUCCCCAUGGCGCUGAAGAAUCAGCCAUAUGGGAAAUAGAGAGAGAAGGUGGUAAGUGUGCAAGUUACAGUGUUAGCUGUGUGUAGCGAAGUAAAACUUGCUGUUGCUUACACAUGAAGUACGUUGGACCGCGAUGAAAUUUAAUGAAAGUUUUAACCGCAAAACAAGUGGGCCCAUUCUCCAAUCACUGACUGUUCAUCGAUACCUAGUUUUCAGUUUCACCUGUCUCGCACAGGCAAAGAAGUAUAUGCACAAAUCAAAAGUAUUUUACUCGGAUAAAGUGGAUAGAGAGCGUUAUAAUUUGGUAUUGACAACAGCAUUAUCUCCCAAGGGUAAUAUUAGUUUAUGAACCUCCCCAGGAAACGUUUUUCUAGAUGGCUGUGUAAUAUGAAAUUGUUUUUUGCAAAUUUUUUCUUUGCCUUUUCCUAUUGAAAGCUUUACCAACGCCUCAAGAGGUCCUUGCUUUGGCUGCUGCAAAGGCUCCUGCAUGGGAAUUCCCUACAAAAGACAACGAUGCGCUUCAGACAACGGAUUCGAAUCAGCAACCAAAAGCCUGUUUUGCCAUGUCUUCACUGGAAGAAUUCCCAAGGUUGGGAACUGCUUUGUCAAAGGGUUCUUCUGACGAUGCCACCAGGAAUAUGUCCUCUUCGGUCUGUCCUAAGGGAAGUGACUCAUCUAAAACCACCAUGGCGGCUUCAAACAUGGCUGCCCUUCAGUGGGCACAGGCGAGUAACUUCAACGAUGCGCCUUUUCCUCCACGGUGUUCAUCACAACCUAAGAUGUCUCAAUUAAAGCCGACUACUCCUGAAUUUAUACCAGCUAAAGAAACAUACGCAAAUUCUCUAAUGAAAGACUCAAACUUAAAUUCCACUGAGAGAUUUACUAUAGAUAACGUAAACAGUGCCAAUUCGUCAGCUGGAGGAACUAAACCACUCACGCACAUAGUUGAUAUUUCCACCGCUGAUAGCAAGUCUGUUCCAAGCAGUGACAUGGCAAGUGUCGAGAUUAAUCAGAAGAUGUCUUCCAAUAAAUUUACAAAAAUUCCUGAUGGUGUGUUUGUCGUUUGUGACGACUUUCUUCAAAAAAACCUCAGAAUACCAAGGAGCAUCCUUAAUAAGAGCAAAGCCUGCAAAGGAUGUGAGAACCGCUCAAAACUAAAGUAUGCCUUUUGGAAUAACAACAACAGACAAUGGCAAAUAAUAAGACAAUAUCCAGAAAAAGUCCCAUCGCAUGUUGCUUUCUCGGUUUGCCGACAGUAUGCCAUUAACACACCUUGUCUGCGGAUACCUUGCUCAUUUGCUCACGGCCAAGAAGAAUUAGACAUGUGGACCUUAGAAAGAGAAGGAGGUAAGUUGGAUAUAUUUUUUUCGUACUAUCGCUGACGAUGGAUAAUCUAACUCCUUAAGCACUUUUCACUUUCACUUUUGGACUAGCACACGGUGUCCAUCUUAUGAGAGAUGUACACCCAAAGAAAUAGACCAACCUAAAGAGUCCGUUUGAGGAACAUGGCCUCGUAUAGACGUUUGCGUGCUCCAGGCUUCGAGGUAAGGGUAGUUGGCAAUCGCGUCUUAUUCUGAAUUAUCUUUAUAUUUUUGGAGCCCUUUCUUCUACGUCUUCUAUCUGAGAGUCUGGAACAAAGCUGGUACAUAAAGGCCAGGGUCCACCAAAAAAACAGAUUUGAUUGAAUAUUACGUUAUAAACCAACGGCCUAUCAUAAUCAAAAACAGGAAAACGUUUUCAAAGUUAAGGGUACUUUUGAGAAAAUAGAAUUAGAAUGGCUUGCCUGAAGCAAACCUAACUCGAUGUUGCUUUUGUCGUCUAGUUCUUCCUACUCCCCGGGAAACUCUUACUGGAUUACCUGAGAAGACAGAUGAAAGAUCCAUUCACAUGCAACCACAGUUAAAGUAUAGACCGUCGCCACCAGGAGUGAAAGGUGGUGCCUUCAAACUAUGCAGAAGGUAUUGAUGGGGGAUUUUUAAGUAUUGACCAGACACGAACUUAGCUGAAAUGAAAAUGUACCAUUGAUAACCAAGUUCGUAGUGUUUUAUAUUACCCUAGCAAUAAUGAUAUACUAAAGGUCAUCCGUGUUUGUCUUUCAAGAUUCAUUCAAUGGCAAAAAACGUUUUUGAUUAUCUUCUUUAACAGUAUAACUUAUAGAACGUUAAUUCAAAGCUUCAGGGGCGUAGCUACCUGACACACGGUACGCACGUGCGAACCUGUAAAGAGAUAUAAAAUGAAUAAAUAAUAAAACAUAAAUAAAAAGUUAAUUCUGAAAAGAAAUCAAAAUAUCUAAAGGUAAUUGCUUUAGGAGCACAGUUUGCCUUAAUUCAUUCAACUCUUCUUGGUUUUUUUAAUUAUUAUAUAUUUUUUCGAAAACAAGGGAUCGUUUUUUUUCCUCUUUACCCAAAUGUUUGUUUCCAGAGAAACGAAGUAAUUCACUGUUGGACCGAAUCUUGGAUGACAUAUAUAUCUAGUUAAAAGAUGGCAGGCGUUUUUACCAAAACGCUCGGAUUCUGAACAACUCGAGAGCGACGGAAACGAGAACGUCAAACGAAACCAGCCCGAUAAUCGAAAAACAACACAUUUUGCACGUGCAACACGCUUUUCUUUACAACCUGUACGAACACUACGUUAAAUUUCCUUUUGCGACGUUGUUUGGAGGACGUAAACACAGGGACAAAUUCAAUUUCUUCUCUGAGUCGGAACUUGGAUGCGGUCCCCAAGACUCCGUAGAGACGUUCACCUAUAUUUGCCAGUUUAAGAGAGUUGAAAUAAAAGCGAAAAAGUAAAAAAAAAAAAACGUUCAUUUUGAUGGUUGAGGACGUUUUCGUUGCCCCGCCGUCGUGGUUGCUAAGGUGCCCUAUAUUCUUGAAAGUGACAGUUCCAUUUUGGUUCUACCACAAGCUCGUAUGAUCAAAUGCGGGAAAGUAUCCGAAUUCGUUGGGCAAAUUGUUUACAUUACAAAACAUUGCAUCGGAUUCACUUUAGAUUUCGAAUGCAAAAUCUAUAGAGACGACCAAAUUGGAUUCACGCGCGCUGCAUCUGCUUAAAAACGACAAAACAAACCCAGUAACAAGAUUAUUCGGAUUCCUGACGAAUCCGGAAAAGUGUGUAGCCUUAUUGUAUGAUGGACUGAAACACGAGACAAAAUAUUUUACAGGUUGCUAAUGUCAUUUCAUAUGCAGAAAAAACGCUUAGGCUUACAGCGUAACCAAAUCUUUAAUCAAGAAAAUUUUUUUUUUUUUUUUUUUUUUUGGGGGGGGCAAAGCUAUUUGGAGAAUUGUGCGUAGCCCUGAAAAAAUCGUAGCUACGCCCAUGUGCUUGUAUUGAAAAGUACCGUUAGAUCCAUACUUCUUAUGCUCUUCUCAGAGAAAAAUCUCGUCUUAUGAAAUGCAACAUAUAAUGCGAAUCUCGAGAUAAACGUAUCAUUGUUUUGCUCAUUCGUAGCCAGUUGUCACAAUACAUAGUUAUACGAAUUCAGUAUGUUAAUUUCCCUUGUUUGAAUUUCAGUUGUUACACUCAUGAACGAUGCCGAUUUGGGCGAGGAUGCCUGUAUGCUCAUUCUAAUGGGGAACUUAUGGAAUGGCAACACGAAUACCUAAGAAAAGGAAGGGAAAAACUCCAAAAAGAGCUUCAGGACAAUGAUGAGGUUCUUUCUAUGGAAAUGACAACAAAUAUCUUAAAAGGCCCAGAAGAAGAUGUAAGUGUUAUGUGAAACAAAUCAUACUUUAAAAAACUAAAUAUAUGAAAUAAAAUGAAAUACUGCGACCGUGACGAGGGCCUGAUAAAAGGGUACUCAUGGCACGAGUCCUUUGAUGUAAUAGCAACCGCUUUGGAAGUCAUUUCUGAAGCAGAAAAUUUAUACGAAAUAAAUAAGUGACUAUUUGGGGCUAGUACAGAGCAUUUGCACUACAACGUUCUCCCUUAAGGUUUCUCACUACUCAAACAUCACUGAAUAAUUGUUUCACUGCACGCAGGUUGUAGAAUCCCUUCCUGGAGUGGACGUUUCCUGCAAUCCACCUGAGCUUAGUGUAAAACUUCUAGAAAAUAAUGGCAAGGCUACAUGUCAAUGGGUGUGCAACCUUACAUUUAAGGUCAGUGAAUUAUCAGGAAUUUUUUUAAAAAUAUAAUAGAUCGUUAAAAAAAUAAUAAUAAAUAACAACGCAUCUUUUAGUCCAAUAACAAAUGAAUUCGAAGAUCUGAUUUCAACGAACAAUUUGAAAACGAUUGACCAACAUGACAAAAAAUACAACGAAUUACUCCCUACAGUGGCCACUUACCCCACAGGUAGUCGUUAUAGAUAGUUUCGACGCUAUUAUUAUUAACAGGAAUAGGUAUACGAGAUUUCAUUCUUUUUUAACUGGUUUCUUUUUAAUAUCAGAGACGGAUGAUUCUCUUUUGUAAUGACUUAAUUUAAAACUCCAGACCGCCUGCAAGAGUUACUGAUCGCAUCUGAGCCGCAAGGAAUGUAUUUCGGACAUCGUUAUUGACACAGUGAUUGUAUUUUUCAUGACUUAUGUAAUUCUUAAUGUUAUAAAGUGCUUAAUUCUUACUUCAAAUAUUUCUGUAAAUUAUGUGAAUAUUUUUAAAGUUGAAUAAAAUUAUGGUUAAUUAUAAAUUAUUGUUAUUACUGUUAUUAUUAUUAUUACUAUUAUUAUUAUUAUUAUUAUUAUUAUUAUUAUUAUUAUUAUUAUUAUUAUUUUGAAUUCAAAUCCAUGACUUCCCAUGAUACUGAGUAGGUGCGGUAUCGGCCUCUGAGUUACCGGGAAACACCCGGAUUUAAACAAAGCCAUUUUUAUGGUUGUGACAAUUUUAUCAAAACGUGGAGGCAACGAAAGUGGAAGGAAUCAAACGGCGGUCUCUACCUUUCAGGUUCCAUUAUUAUCUUUUUUAUGUUAUAUAUCAAUCUUUUCAGUGAAUAACCUUCGCAUUAUUUGUUUCAAUUUUUUACAAUGUCAGACAAGUGUGGUAGGAUACCUGCGCCAUGUACUUCUGCUGUACAGAUACCACAACUGCUAUCAACUGUCAGAAAUUCGCGUCGGUUGCUAUCAAGAUUAUAGAGGCUGUGAAAGCUAUAAUGUUUGUUACAGCGCUAAACUGAAGGAGUUCUGGUACAAAGCUCCAGACGUUAACAACUUCUCUGGGCGUGCGAAAGUGUCUCUCACUGUCUCGUUUGAGUCUUCUCUGUAUGGAAGCUUUGAUCAAUGCAUCGUAUUUGACUUUGGUAGGAAACCGUACCUUGUGAGAAGGCUUAAUGUUGACGUACAAAGCGGGUCUCUGCCGCAAACUUCCAUUUUUUCGCAACAUGCAACUGCAACAGCUGUUUGGGACGAGCGUUCCACGGAUGUAGUUAGGUUUGUUCACAAGACAGGCGAGGCCCUUCAAGGGGAACAUUUGUCUAGAAUUUAUAGCCUUCAGAAACAGGGGAAUAUAACAGCGGAGGAAUUGCGCCGCGACAAUUACAAGACGGUUAUGCAUCAAUUGCUGUUCGUGGAAGAAGGAUUUAUGAAGAGGGAACUUUCAAGGUAUAGUAAACAUUUGAUUUAUGCCUACUAGGUAGCCUCUGGAAGUUUUUUAGGGAGUCGUUUCCCUUGGAGGAAAUGCGACUCCCCUAAAACACCUUCCUAGAGGGCUAGUUACCGCAGGCAUCAAAUCGCUUUUCCUAGCCAGUUAGAGGAAAUUAUAUGAUGGAACCAAUGUGAACUGAUGUGAGCGUUUAGAGUGCUAGCUCUUUUUGCUAGCGCUCGAAACGUUGCUCGAAACUUUUGCUGUAGAGGUCGAACUUUCCAAAGAAGCUGAAAGUCUCCCCCUAGCAGAACAAACUAUAAUUAAACGUAAUUUCCUUUUCCUGCCAGUGUUCCAACGCGAACCGUUCAACUUGUUUACCCUUAAAAACCAAUGUUGGUUUAGAGGACCUAUUAGGAGCAGUAACUUCGCCUAUAUAGCUCUUGUGAUCGUUAAAUGAGUACGCUUUGAACCCUAGCAAAGGGACAAGCCGAAAGAGAAGAAUAAAUUUAUUCGGUGUUUUUUAAACUCUACUUGAUAAGUGUUUUACUUUCUUGAUUUUUCAGCUACACUUUAGGCAGAACUCAGCUGCAUGCUCAGUGGAGCGUCUUUGACGAUAUGUCCGGAAUGAAGUUUGCCGUAGACAAUGAAUUGUUUGGUGUCCUUUACCUACAAGAAGAAGAUGCUCUUAGACCUGAUGACGCAGCAGGGCGUCUCCUUUACCGCAACGUAAGCUCCGUGUGGAUCAGGCUGGCUGAUAGUGUCUCAAACAAAGUUUAUGAGGCCCCUGUGGAGAAAGUAGAGAGUGAAUGCGUUGUACUGAGGUUGUCAUCCAAAACGGUUUCUGAUUUACUUCUCUAUGAUACCUGCGAUGUUUCUGUUAAUGCUCAGUUUCAGCUAAACCGAUGGCCACUUUGUGAGAUGCACGCCGCCAUUGACAGGAUUACGACAGCCCAGUUGCGUCUUAUUUUUCCAGAGCCCAGAGUUCCAGUUGUGAGGAGUGAAGUAAGUUGACCUUUAUAGAUUGAAGAAAAUGGUAAAAUGCCUUUUCUAGAAUGUUUCAUCACUCGUGAAAACAACAGAUUACGAAAGACAAUUUACAGAAAACCGAACACUUUCCGGACAGAUUACUAAACCUGAUGUUUCACUGAGCCACAAUAACAACGGCUCCUUAGAAAGCUGAAUUACUAACUUAGGAAAAAACGCCACUGAAUAGCAGUCAACAAUAACCAGCUACGUACAAAACGACUUAUUGACGGACUUAAGCAAACCUGACAACAGGACAGGUUGUCGAAACGUCAGUCAUUGUCAACAGUAGCCCUAUUAGCCCUAUUCAUGACUAUGAUCACCCGGACGAUCAUGUUCUAGCUACUUGUUUACUUCUGGGUUAAAACCUUUCACAAUUUUAAGUUGUUUGAAGUGGAUGUUAUGGCAUAUCAUCUGAGUUGAUAGUUAAUUGUCGUCUUCAAUUUUCAUUGAAGUAUUGGAGCGCAUACAUCCUCAUCAAGCAUCCAAAAAGGUCUUAUGGCCACUAGUGAAUAUUCCUCUGCACAUACAUAACUGGCAGUUGUAGGAGUUAAUAUGGCGUUUUCAUUCCACUUCAUUCAACUUCCCUGACGACUUUUCAUCUUAAUACCUAAAUGGAUUCUGACUGAGCUGUUACUUGUUAAUUACUAAUACGAAGCUAGAAGAUUGCCGUGUGGGGAGAGACGCAAUGCUCUCAUACUAAUUAGGAAUAUAACAAUAAGUGCAUCGGUUGUGGUUGGUGAAGUAAUCCUAUAUUUGAUCGUUCUAGGUAACCAUCCGCUGGCGAUGGCUUCUUGAUAAACGGCUUAACGACAAUCAAAAGGAAGUAAUCAAGCAGAUUGCGUCACCAGAAUACAACAGUCCACCUUUGGUUGUGUUUGGUCCUUUUGGAACAGGAAAGACGUUCACACUUAAUCAGGCUGUUCGCCUCAUGGUGCAGCUAGACAAGUCACAUAGAAUCCUUCUCUGUACCCACUCCAAUCGGGCCGCGGACAUACACGUCGAGUUACUUCACAAAUACCUGACCGAACAAAAUGGCUCUCCUGCAGCAAGGCCUCUCAGGAUCUAUCAGCCUAUGAGAAGGUAUUCAAUUAAGCUUGUCGACACUAACUGCAAUACUCAAUAUGCGUUCCCUUUAAAUUUACCCGCCAGGAAAAGAAGUCACACAAUUUUUUGUAAUUCACAUUUGAAGCCCACGCCUGAUACAUUCGAAAAUGUUAAAUAUGUUACGGCUCCUAAGCUGACCUUUAAAAUGUGUUUUGAACCUAACAAUAGAAAAUUUAAAGUUUAUAGAACUUUAGGACGUCGGUUCUUUGCCGUUUUAUGACCUCUCCAAAAUUUUCUUGUGUUAGCGUUUGUAGGUGCUUCUGUGUACAGUCAUUCAGACCCUCUCACCAAUUGUUUCAUUUUGCAUUUCUGUAGCGGCGACCUACAAUUUUAACGUGCAAUAUUGAAAGAAGAAAACAUUUGAAAAAAUGAUAAUCUUUGGUGUCAAUUUAGGUUGGAAACAACAUCCGAGAUAGCAAGGAAUUAUUGUUUGACCAAAGGCGAUAUGUUUGUAUUGCCUUCUCGUGAUGACCUUGUUGGACACCGUGUUGUUGUAACAACCCUAAGUACAUCACAAGUGCUUCUGGAUCUGCAAGUACUGCAUGGAUUCUUCACUCACAUUCUUAUUGAUGAAGCCGCCCAAGCAGUUGAACCUGAAGCGUUGACUCCACUCAUCUUUGUCGGACCUAACACAAAGGUUGUUUUCACAGGAGAUCACAUGCAGGUACUAUUUUUCAUUUUUUUAAUAUUAUACUCCACCACCCUACUGGCUUGUGAUCCCUGUUGCUGUGGAGCUUGGAAUAACCGUUACCAUCAGAAGAACCGUACUUCACUGAAAGAAAAUGAAAGCAACAGAAAUUAAAUAGCAGGUUUAAAGAGACAGGUUAGAGUGUGUAACCAACUUCAGACGUUAUUUAACCGCGGCAGGAUUAGCUCAGUCGGUAGAGCGCAUGACUGCAGAGCGGAAGGUCGCGGGUUCGAUUCCCGCGGAUGGACCAAUACUCAGGGUCUUAAAAUAACUGAGAAAUGAAGGUACCCGCCCCGUUUGCACUGCAAGUGGCUACACCUUCGUGUGGCUCGGAUGACCACAUAAAAUUGCGGUCCCUUCUCCAGUUGGAACGUAGAAAUAGUGUUCCCAAUUAGUACUUUCAUGCUAAAUACCUUGACCCUCAAAUAUAGUGCUUAUUUUUCACUUUUACACCAUGUUUAUUUCCAUUUUCUGUCGGAAGUUGCUUUAAUUUGUAAUUGUCGCGGUAUAAAUAUUUUUAGAAGAGGGAAUAUAUAAAUCGAUUUGCGCGAACUAGCAUGCGACUGAAAGAAGGAUGGUUGUGAUAAAAGCAUCUGCUGAGUAAACCUAUUCUAUUCGUUGCUUUAGAUGAGCCCAGAGGUGUAUUCACCAGAAGCAAGACGUUUAGGCCUCCAAAAAUCAUUGGCUGAAAGGCUGUUUGACAUCUAUGACAAACAUGAGGCUCAAGAAGUGAGAGAAUACUAUGUGUUAUUCCUGACGGAGAAUUAUCGAUGCCAUCCAGACAUCCUGAAGUUUCCCUCCGACAACUUUUAUGGGGAGAAACUACUUGCUCGAGGUGGCACCUCUCAGCUAGCGCAUCCGAAAUACGGUCCUCUGCUGUUCUUUUCAGCUCGUGGCAAGGAGUAUAAAGAGCAUGACAAUUCAUAUGUCAACUUGUCUGAGGUUUACGAAGUGGUUAAAAGAGUCAAAGAGGUGGCGCAUAAUUGGCCUACUCAGACCUGGGGACCUACGAAACUAUCUGAAAUUGCAGUUCUGUCCGCUUACCGCUACCAGGUGACUUCAAUACCCUAACUAUCCAAACCUAACCUAAGCAGUAACCUUGCGGUUUACUUAGUUUUGAUAAAUUUGCGUGUUUUUUAAUAGAUAUAUUGUACUUUUUUGUGCGUUUGUUCAGUAUUAAAUCACACAUAACGCCAAAAUGUGGUAUGAAAAAAGCGGCACAUGAGCAACAAGCGAGUGUAUCACCGUACAUGACAAGUUCAAACUGUGUAGCGAUGACACACGACUAUGAAAAUUGUUUUGAAGAUGGCUUCCUUAAGGAGCUUUAAGGCAUUUUCAAGUCCCCAAGAGCUCUUUUUGUCUCGGCUUCUCAUAUUCUUUUGCUUUCAAACAGCUCCUGCUAAUUUUUUUCAAGGUGUUAACUUUCUUAAUCCUAAAUUAUCUCAAAACCGCGCGCCGUAAUGUAAUCGUACUCUAAUAGAACAUGGGCAACGACCUAUCACAGCGCUCGUAGCAUUCACUAAAUUGUAUAAACCAACUAGAACAAUGAGCUUUGUCUUCUCCAUCGCAAGUCAUACUGUUCAUAAAGAGUCCGAAAUGCAGACCCGGAACUAUGGUGAACCUUUCCUUUAAUACUGGGUAGGGUUUGGACGUUCAACCACCGUACGGUUAUAACUCCUACCUUCAGGCAUUGUCUUAAGAAGCAUACGUAUACUCAGUUGUUCAAGCAUUUACCAAAAAACGUUCAAACAACAAGCGAGUCCCACCAUAGAUAAUUGUUACAAUAAAUAAUAUCAAUUCAUCCUCGACGUUUAGGUUCAAACAAUUCGUAACAGCCUGAGGAAGGAAGCAGACUUGAAAGACGUUAAAGUGGAUACAAUUCACAAUGUCCAGGGUAAUGAACAAUUUUCCAAGAUCCGUUUACCAUCGACAGUAACCUUUUAUGUUAUAUUUCAUGUUUACUGUGCUAGGAGAGCUAGAAAAAACCUAAUGAGGGCUAGGAGCAAAACGGAUAAAUAUCACUAAUACAGCUAAUAAUAUGAUAAAGUAAUCUAUUAAUUGAAUGCAACGCGCCAUUCCAUUGAUUGUGACCUUAAAAGGCCCUUUGUCAUCACUGAUAAAGAAAUACAUAUUCCUUAACUUACAUUGGUCAAAGAACCUCAGCGACAAUUAAAACUCGUCUUAUACUUAAUUGGAUACAGCAACCUUUGUGUAGCUUGCCAUGUGAGUUUCAGUUCAGUAUAAAGUAAAAAUGUGAACUAUAAGUACAACCGACCGAAUGGGCAUGUUUAUUUGAGUGACUAAUGUUCCAAGCUUUCAUUCCUUUUUAGGAGAGGAAUUCCGUGCACUUUUUAUCAGCACCGUGCGUACAUUUCACACCUGUAAGCCUCAGCAAGAAGACGUACGCGCCGGUGGAUCUGAUCGACCUUUAUAUUGGGAAUUUUUGUCUGACCCAAAACUACUUAACACGGCUGUUACAAGGGCUAGAUGUUUGGUUGCUGUCGUUGGUGAUCCCGUUUCACUUUGUACGGUUGGAGAGUGUCGUAGUAUUUGGAGAGAUUACAUCAAGAGAUGCAACGAGAAAGGAGGUCUUUAUGGGGUCACCAUGGAAGAGCUCGACAAAGAAAUAAAUGCGGCGAUCGCUGGUAUCGAGCUUAAUCCCAAAGCAGAACCGUUUGUUCCAAAAGCUCUUUCAGUGCCAGAAAAAAGUAUUAAUACAGAAGUCGGAGAAACAAGAAAAGUCCAUGACAGUAAAGAAAUUGCAGAAGAGACACAGAAGGACAAAAAUGAUGGGAAAGACGGCAAAGAGAAAGGACAAGAAAUUUCUGACAAAAGUGAUGCAAAGUUAGAUGAAGACAGUCUUAAUGUAAACGAUCAAUGUCAUAGUGGCAAAUUCAUCAAUACCAGCCCAGACAUCAACCAAGAAACAAACAAAGUCGAUGGGGUGGAUGAGAAAGACGAUGAAGAGAGAAUUGUUGAACCAGGAGACUUUCAGGAUGAUCUCCUUGACGAUGAGACAGUAUCGCCCAGAGAUUUGGAUGAAAUAAUUUUGGCGUUUGUGAAGAAAUGCGAGGAGACAUUACAAUCAGAUGCAGCACGACUGUCAAUGUUUCAAGAUUCCGAGUUUCCUCCCUUAGAAGCGACUGGAUCAAAAGCGAUCCGUCCUCAAACAGAUGCAAAUAGGCACCGGUUCUCAGUCGGGGGCAGAGAGGAACUUAAAGAGUUUUUUCCAGAAAUACAUGUUAUCAACGGUCGAGUUGAAGUGCAUCUUACCAACCUGGGAUUUUACAGCUCUCCUUCAGAAAGGGCGCAACGAAUCAUCGCGUCUACGAAACAACAGGAAUUUCUGGAUCCAUCUGUGCUGAGACAACUUCUGAGUGAUGAACCGGACAAGUACAAAGUCUGCAAUCUCCGUUUAAAUCCAGAAAAAUCCCAGGUGGGUUAUGCUGAGAUAGAAGACACAGAAACCCCAGACAUUGAAAUAAAGGGAAGAGUUCGUCAGGCUUUCGACAGAGACAAAGUUGUAUUAGAACUUAUUGAGAAGAGGACUCGUUCAAAUGCCGACAGCGGGGAAUUCCGGUUUCAAGGAAAGGUCGUAGGUAAGCAUUUAUUGUGCCAGCUAUCCACAAUCUGCAUACAGUAUACAUGUUAGUUAAGAAGUAGUUAUGUCAUCACAACGCGGCCUAAAGCGAAAAAGUCGUAUCGUUUUUAAUGCUAGAAUUUCAAUAAGUUGUUAAGUAUCCCUCAAACUUUUCUUCAAAUAAGUUUAAACCAGUGGGUACACCAAAGGAUGUGUAUCGUUAUAAAUUUCCGCCAAUAGCGUGAUCAAAAAGAAAAGCUAUGAACAUCUAGAGACAACUAAUUGGAACAGCGUAUACCAUUGCAAGGGAAAUGGGGAGUAAAGGCCCCUUGGCACUCGCGACUUUCCAUGAGGUAGUCCUCUACCACUUGCUUAUGUUGUACCAACAAGUAAACAAGUAAAGAUGUAAAAUUUUUGACAUUAACUUUUAUUUUAAAAUGAAAUGUAAGAUCUUACUUAGUGAACAGAUUUUUUAAUCAGUAACCAUUGAACUUCACAGGUGUAUUGGAACACAGUAUCAGCCCACAUGAGCGCCAGUUUGUCUGCACUACUGAUUACCGAAACCCUGCCUUAAUGUUGCCUAUUAACAAGUCAGCUCCAAAACUGGUCAACCUAUCAGACAAAAGCUGCAAAGAUAUUCCAAUCUACAGAAAGGAUCAAAAUAACAGAGCUAUCCAAGUCAAAAUGAUAGAAAGAGAGAAAGUUCUCAGUGGAAAAUAUUUGUUUGUUGUUAAGUACCUUCAGUGGAAACGAGAAUUUUGCUAUCCUUUGGGAAUUAUCGUAAGGAUGCUACCUCGAGGUGAAGACUUCAAAAGCAGCUUGGAGAUUGCAUACGCAGAGCGUGGAAUAAGAAGAGUAUUCAAAGACGAUGCCAUGAAAUAUGUCAAAGAGAAAUUCCCACCACAGUGGUUGAUCCCUGAGAAUGAGUACGCCACAAGGACUAGGAUCGAAAAAGCUUUCACCAUUGAUCCUCCCACAUCCCUGGAUCUUGAUGAUGCACUUACGAUAGAAAGCAUUUCUCUAGCCACCUUCCGAGUAGGGAUCCACAUUGCAGAUGUCAGUUUCUUUGUUACGCCAGACUCUCCACUGGAUAAUGAGGCCUUUUUGCGUGGCACCUCCUAUUACCCAGGAGAGGGGCAAAAGAAUUUGCCAAUGCUACCCAAUGAGCUGAGUGAAGGUCACUGCAGUCUUCUGCCUGACAAGGACCGUCUUGCAGUUUCCGUGUUUAUCACGCUAGACAAAGACGGAAAUGUGACUGACGAGCCAAAAAUACAACGCACCAUUGUCAGAUCAUGCUGUCGGUUAAGCUAUGCAGAAGCUCAAAUGAUUAUAGACAAGAGAGAAAUUGGUUCUAAGCAAGUUGCAAAGGAGAUAGUGGAUAGCGUCAGGCAAUUAAACGGUGUAGCUCAAAUGAGAAGAUGUCAUCGACUGGGAGACGAAUCGUUUGACCACUGGCAGAACGAGGAGAGUGGAGAAUAUUUUGAGGCACACGAGCUAGUUGAAGAAAUGAUGAUUCUUGCUAAUGAAGAAGUGGCAAAACUUCUUUCCAGAAAAUGCCCUGAAUUGGCUCUCUUACGAGUACAGCUACCUCCAAAAGACCUCAGGCUGGCUGAUUGGGUUGAAAAACAUGGUAGAUAUCUUAGAUUGUCACUUCAAUUUUCAGGAAUUUUCAGAAACAGUACAAAGGAUGAAGUAUCAUCUUUAGCACUGUUGCAUUCCGAGAAAACUAUGUUCAAAAUUCAGAGAUGGGUUUGGGAUGGAAUCCGUCAGGCAGCAGAGUCGAAUGAUUUACCAACCCUGCGACAUUUGAUUUGCAACGAGCGAAACCACCCUCAAAUCGCUGCAGCCCAAUCCCAGUUUCGACGGAUUCAGUCCCAGUCUCGUUACGUCUGUGAAGGGGAUCACCCUUCGGCGAAUAUCCACCACUACUCCCUUGGUAUUCGAUCCUACACUCAUUUUACGUCUCCAAUAAGACGAUACAUAGAUAUUUCAGUUCAUCGCCUCCUACUUGGUUUGGAGUCCCCUGGUUGUCACAAAGAUAACAUUUCCAAGGAUGACAUGGCAAAAGUUUGUCGACGCUCCACGUUUCUUAUUGACAACGCAAGGAAAUUUGGCAAGGAUUGUAAAAGGAUUCGAUUGGCAACUACGCUACAACAACAGUGCCAUGUGACACGCGUUUUUAUUGAAUCUAUUGAAAAGCAGUCAAUCAGUCUCUAUAUUUGCAACCCAGAAGACGACCACCUGGCGGGUAAGCAAAAACGAAUGUUUAUCAGUGAUAUGAAUCCAGUCGCUCUGACAGAAGAAGAAAUUGGAACAGAUGGAGAAAAAUGCCUAGUUCUCACGUGGAAAAUCAGAAGGUACAUAGCACCAGAUGGCUCCCGAAAUGUAAAAGAAGAAAGCAACGCUGCAUUAUCAGGUCACACGGGAGUCAACGAAAUAGUGGAGAUUCCUUCGGACAUGUGGAUUCAAGUAUUGGAUACCGUAAGAGCCAACGAUACAGGCAAAUUACCAAGCAUAAUCAAGCAAAUGGAAACCCGUUUGAGUAUAAUGUCUCCUUCCAGCACAGAAAUGAAACGAACCCAGCAUAAAUUGCCUGCACACACCCGAGGUGAGCAUUACAAGCACCCUCAUUACGGUGAAAAAACGCCUCCAUCUUCGAACGAAGCAGUUUUCCAUUUUUACGAGAUGAAGCUUGCACUGAGGAAGUAUAAUUUCUUAUCCGUGCAACUCUGCCCACACAUGACGCGUGGAAUACUUCAACCAGAUAUCCAGAUGGUAAACUUGAAUCCCUACCUAAAUAUUUGCAUCGAACAUCGAAAAUACCCACGAGAGUCAUUUGCGCACACUGCCAGACAUCAGGCGUCAAGAGAGCAGUACGAGACCAUUGAUGAGUACAUAAACGCCUGGAAACCAGUCCUUGCAAUGGAGGCCGCCACGGAAGCGGUCAAGGAAAAUGAUGGCUUCGUCAUUGAACACCUUAGUGUGGAAUGGGAAAAGGAAGACGAAAGUCUUACUGGGUUCUUUACUCUCACCUUGGUCUACUGCAAAAACAGACAAGUGGAAUUUUUUCCAGGAGACCUAGUGUGUGUUCGGGUACCUUGCCCUCCUAAAGAGUGUUCUUCUUUUGAAAAGCAAGGCCAACGGCAGGUAAUAUCCAUUCAGGUUCUAUCGUUUUCUUUCCUUAUUUAGAUCCGAAGGACUGUAAAAUUAACUUUUGAUGUUUAGUUAAACAAGAUCAGUGCUACUUUGAAUCCAGAUGUUUGCUCUAACUUUUAAUAAUGUUCUGACUCCUUUAUUUUCUAUUAGUCGUGUUCAAGUUACUCACAUCAAGGUAGCUUUUGGGUGAGCCACUGUAUUAUAGACGAGGUGAUUGAAGUCAAAAAGGAGAAGGUGGAGGUUACAAUGAAACAUCAUCAGGCGGCAUCUAAUAUCCCAGCAGAAAUAACUCAUGGAGGUAGUCACAGAUGUACCCUUGAGCUUAUUCACAGAACACUUCCACAAAGGUAGGACGUUUGUUUUAUCCUUAUAAAGUUGCAUUUUACCCAGAACUACAAAUUUAGACGUAGCCAUUCGAAAAUUGUUGUUCAUUUACGGUAUUAGUUAAACAAAACGAGUUAUCGCCAACUAUGAUGACCGUGGAAGUAACAUUGUGGUAUUCUUAUUUUUGUAUUCCUUCCUUAUUUCUGCGAUUUAAUUGGCUUAGAGCACUGGUAUUUCUGCAAAAUAUAGUGUUUUCACCAUGACGUCAUCAAAUUCUAAAUUCAAAAUAAAGAGUCCCUCUGAAUUCUUAUUUAUACUAGGUGACCGAAAAAUACAUUAAUUUCCAGCCCCGUAGCGUCUUUCAUUUUGAAAAUAAAGCAUUUUGAAUUUCCAAAUUUUCACAGCGCGUGAUAACAUGGUGGUAGCCCCGGAAGAGGUUGUUGCUCUCUUUAUCAUUUUCAGCAGUUUAUGUUCUGAGACUUGGAGAUGUACAUUGUAUAUUUAUGAGUCUUUUGUAACAUUUCGUUUCCUUGGUUUCUUUCGUUCAACGGUUUCAAAGUUAUUUUUUUAUUGCGUGAUAGUGAAAACACUCUUUAAAAUAUUACAGUUAAAAAAGCAACGGCGGAUGAUUUCCAGAUUUUCGAGUUGAAGAGAAUGAAGAACUCAAAGAAACUUUAGAAAGUCAAAACUCUACGAAAGUGCAUCGACCGGGCUUAAAAUUUCCCAACACACUUACUUGCUUGUGAAACGAAACAGCUGGAAGAAACGUCCUAAAAGUUCGUCGCUGAAAUCCGUAACAGAAGGUACAGAGUACGAGCUCGAAAAUUUGAGAGUUAUGCUGGCCUCAUUGGACUGAUACCUAAAAGAAAAGGAUGCCGCCUUAUUCUCAAUUUUCGAACUGCAGAAAAGUCAUUUAAGGAAAAGCAAGGCUUCUUUGUCAAAAAUCUUUCUGCAAAAGGUCUAACACUUCAAAGGCAUUCACCUGUCGAAGAGAAGAGCUGUUAUGAUCUAAAGGAGUGCUUGGAAGUCAUUCUCUAUAGUAACUGAUACUGGUACAUCGUGUGGUUCUUGCUCACCCAGCACCUAGAUUUGGGGAGCUGUCAGGAACGCCACGCAUACAUUGACGAUUUCUCCUUCAGCGCAGACGACAAUUGCGACGAAAACAGGGUUGAAUUCGUUACUUACGAAGAAAAACCCCCAAAAACUCGCCAAGAUACUUGAAGAUAGUCAAUCCAAGAAUAAAGAUGUUUGCUACAAGUGGAGAGAUGUGUUUUCUUAAACUGUUUUUUUUUAAUAUAUCUCUGUAACGAACACCCGAAGAAGUGCGAAACUGCCGUUGAUAUUAACUUGCUGUGAAUAAGCGACCCAAGACACAUUUGUGUGGCAUAAGCGUCAAAGAAUGGGCGUCAACAGCUUCAUUAAAUAACAGCUAUUGACAUUACUUGUAACAAUUUUGCAAUAUAACUUGUGGUAUUCAUAACUAGUAUCACUACAAAUCAUGCUGUUACUCUACUAAUAGCUCACCUCCUUGCAGACGAAUGUAUGCAGCACUAUGCGUCAAUCUGCGACACUCGUCAGAACUUGUUCAUGCCAUUUGCAAAGGAGAAGAACCGAAGAGAGGUAUGCAAAUUAAUUAACAAGAAUCAAUGUUCUUUAUAAAAAAGGGUUGGUGAAAAAUCGUCGUUAACUGAACUUGGUAUCGUCAUGAGACGGUGCACAGCAGUUAUGCAUAUUUUUUUCAAACUUGCUUCCCCAAAACGGAAAAUUCAAAAUUGCCGCAAGCGUUUUACUGUUAUUUCUCGGUGAGCUAUUGCCUUUCUUUCACCAAAAUAAUCCUGAAAUCACUCCCGGACCGGUUUUGUAUUGAGUGUUUGCGCCGUAAUGCAAGAAGCCACACCUCGCUCAAAUUCUUUUCCUUUAGAUAUCUCGGCCAAACGAUCUUCUGUGGAAAUUGAAAUUGCACCUUCUGGGUCGUUCUCUCCGACAACCAAAACAGCUAAAGUUUAGUUAAAAUAUCUACGUAAAAACUGGUUUGCUCAGUGUAAUAAAACGUCGUGACUCUCAAUCACUUAUUAACUCCGUUGUUUUUGCAUGGUUACAAAAUAUGAAAAACCAUCACAAUUGAAAAAGAUUCUGAAGCAGAAGACAUGGUUAAUGCCAUCAAUUUCAGCAUGGAAUGUUGAAAAAAAGAAUGUGAAAAGUCGACUCAUUUUUCUUAAGUGUAUUUCUGUAUCCCCUAAAGAAUCAUCGCCAAUGCAAAACAACCUGCUUAUCUUAUCUGCACUCAAAGAUUGUGAUACAUCAUAUGACCUCACUCUUCGUGGCUGUCUGUAAAGUAGCUAAUUAGCUAAGAACCUGGGCCACGUUUAAUAAAGAUUAUUGUAUUGUAUUGAUAACCCUCACACAUGCUUUCGCACAUACGAAAGAAAAAGGUUUCCUCCCUGCUCGACAGCUACCGCAGGAUUAAUAUCUUUCCAAAUAAUUUUUAAUAGAAACAUUUGGAUCCCUUCCUCCCGACUUGUCCUUGGAGCAGCAUGGAUUCAAACGAUUGAAUCACUACCAAGAGGCUGCAGUGAAGGAAGCACUCUCCAAUCCGUUUAGUUUGAUUCAGGGACCACCGGGUAGGUCAUUUCAAGAAAACUUUCAAACUAAGUGGCACCAUUCACUAGGUUUGUAACUACGAGACCUAAGUGAUGACGCUGCCGAUAAGACGAGGGUGGCACGCAUUUCUAUUAAAUUUUGCCCCUUGUUGUUUCCGUUAUCUCACUCAGGGACUGGAAAAACUGUGACGGGUGUGCACAUUGCUAACUGGUUCGCUCAACGAAACCAAAGGUUGACUUACAAGGUUUUGGAAAAAGGCAAACGAAAGAAAGAGGACGAAACAGCGUACAGAGCACCACCCCAACUCAUUUACUGUGGACCAUCCAACAAGGCCGUGGACGUCGUUACCGGUCAGUUCUAUGAAUGAUUUGCACUAGAAAUACGCGUUAUGCAGAAGCUCAGAUAAAAGGCUUCCAUUUGGAGAAUAACGGAGGCUUACUUGAGUAGAAUUAUUCAGCACUGCUUUCCCUUCCUGUUCUCAUUUUUUUACGUAGGACGCAGUGAGCAUAAAUUCCUCGAAAACAUUUACUAAAACGUGUUUUCUUUUUUUCAGAGUAUCUUAUGAAAAUCCCUAGUUUGAAAAUCCUGAGAGUUUACAGUGAUCAAAUUGAGCAGAAGGAAUUCCCAAUUCCUAACAAACUGAAACCAGCCAGAAUCACAAGAAGUGAGGAUGAACUUAAAAUGUCCAGCGAAAAGAUAAGGUCCGUGUCUCUUCAUCACUUGAUUCGAAGUGACGUUUGCCCAUGUGCAGAGGAGCUGCGGACAUUUGAAGAAGGUUUUGCUGAGAAUAAAGCAAGGGGCGAACCUAUCAGUGAAGAUGAUGUUGCUAAGUAUUGCAAAGUAGGUUAAACGAGUCUUCAUUGCAUGAAGAAUAUGAAUUAUUCUAGUCAAAGUAUAAUUUUAGCAUUUUCUGCAUUACUAACAACGCUGUGGACUUUAAGGGAAAGAGAGAAAGAGUCAAGUCUAAAAGCAAGAUCUACAAGUUACAUUGUACAUUUCCUUUUUUUCCCUUAUAGCUUAUCGGACAUGCAGAACGGUGGGCGCUGGAGGAAUCUGGUGUCCAGAUAAUCUUGUGCACAUGCGCAACUGCUGGUAGUCCCAGGAUAGCCAACUCCUGUGACAAUAUCCAGCAGUGUAUCGUGGAUGAAUGCGGCAUGUGCUUAGAGCCUGAAUCACUCGUGCCAAUCACAAGCUCAGGAGCGAGACAAGUUGUUCUGAUUGGUGAUCACAAACAGCUGCAGCCUGUCAUUCAGGAUCAAGUGGCCAAGGCGCUUGGUUUGAGUGUUUCCAUGUUUGAGAGGCACUCCAAACGAGCUAGGAUGCUCCAGCUGCAGUACAGAAUGGUAAGUUGAGUCGAGUACCCAUGAUUUCAGUUUUAAAUCUUAUAUCGACUCAAGAUCUGAAAUUUUUAUGAGGAAACCAUAGGACUUUUUUCUGGUGUUUUCAUGAGGAACCAAAGGGUUGACCUCAGGCAGCAAUCAAAGUUUAAGUGAAGAACAUUUUUAAGGGUAUUGAACAGCUUCUGUGCGAUUUGUGAGGGAAAUGUAGUUUUAGAUGAUAAUUUAAUACCUUGUUCUUUUUUUUUGCACUACAAUUCAUGUCUCAUUUGAUUGUACCUUAUAAGAGGCGCUGGGGCGAUGGGUUGAGCAAAUUUAUUAUAACCGACACAAGAAUGGGGAUCGGCUAAGUCUUGUUUGUAGAACACGGGAGUUUGCAGGUUUGACAUAUCACUUACUGGAUUAUAAUUCAUAGCUUAAUUUUAAAGUACCUGAAGAGAAAGGAAUGCUUUUAAAAUUUCCACAUUGCCGACAAACAGCGCUGCACCUAACUAGAUGAAAUUUCCUCCGUCAGUAAUUGAUAUUUGAAGUGACAUCAAUAUUUAAAGAAACCUAUUUCUUUAUAUAAAUCACCUGAAAAAACACUAAUCUAUUACUAUUUCCUCGGAUUAGCACAAAGGAAUAUGCGAAUUCCCUUCAAAGGAAUUCUACGAUGAUAAACUCCAGACUGCUGAAGUAGUCAACUCGCGUCCUCCUAGCCCAGUAUCCUUUUGGCCUGCUCAGGUUCGUCGGAGAAGAGAUCUUCCCAUUGUCUUCUGUCACGUGGAAGGUCAGGAGGAGUCUUCUGUGAUAACCACAUCAGAAAGUAAUCAGGAAUCCAAGAGGAACAUGAAAGAAGUUAGGAAGGUGGUAAGUACGGAAUCUUUACGCGCUCACGCGCGCGAUACAGUUCAACGCUUGUCUAAGUUCGUAUCAAGGAGGACAAACCUGGAAAAUUCAUGUCAGUUAUUUUCAGCUCAAAGGUCUGAGACAGUUCCACAUUGACGAGUUCUCCUUAGAGAGGCAAUGAGGAGAUCUGAAAACUUUAUGCAGCAUUUUAGAAAGUAAAAGAUCCAAAUUUUCCCUGCAUAGACCAUUUAACUCUACCCUUUUGGGCACGAAUCUCUUUAAGAUGAUUCGGUGGUUUUGCACUGCGCUUCUCUUCCUGCACAUAACGAGUUAGCCGUCGUGUAAAAGGGGAAGUGGAGACCUUAUUAAAAUUAUGAUAGUCGAAGAGAACCAUUUUUGGAAUUUUCGAUUGCGGCUGCCUCUGGGCUAGAUGAGACUCAAAGUGUUAAGAAUGUGCAUAAGGUAAGCGGUAAGCGUUUUGCCUAGUUCGACUUCCUCAUCGAGAGCUUAGAUAGUGGACGUUUAGCUUGUAAUUAUGCAGAUUCAAUUUCCUGCUUCAUUCAUUAUCAAACAGAAGGUAAAAGGCCAUGACAUCAUCGGCUUCAAUAUAUUCCUGUCCUUCUUAAUUAGAUUCCUGCCCCCAAAAAGGUUAAAUUCUUACUAUACUACUCUGCUCAGAUACACCUCUUAUCAGUUCUGGUGUAGGUACAGUUUUUUUUCUUUACAUAAUGGUAAAAUUAAAAGAAGCCUGCAGGCCCACCAACAGUGAAGCCCUUUUAGCCUUGAAGGCUGAACUGAAGCACGGGCUGUGCUCCUGAGGUGAACAAAUUUGCUUGAGCCUUAGUAAAUUCUUUUAACCCUAUAUACCAAUUUUUAGAAUCAGUCUGGCCUAUAGUACCCGCAAAUCGGAUGUGAGCCCCAAAUGACGUUAACUGACGACAGCUUCGAAGACAACAUUUAACAUAUAUAAUACAAAAAGCAGCUAAAGCUUACGAGAGGUAGUUUUCCAAACAUAAAAUACAUUCAUGUUAUAUAGCUUCUUUAUUCCACACCUGAAGGGACUGAUUUCACAACAGCAAAAGGAAUGUUCAGCCCAGUUUGUCCGCUUGUUUCUCGUCUAGGUGCAAGUUGCAAAAUACCUUGUCAAUCGUGAAUCAGUGCCCAAGUCAGAUGUGGUCAUAUUGUCGCCUUACAGAGAGCAGCGAAGUAAAAUCAGCGAGUUAUUAAGAGGGGCGUACGACGACAUCCACGUCACAACUAUCACGAAAAGUCAAGGUACGACAUCGACCAGAAAGAUUGAUAAAUAGCGCGGAAUUCCAUUUGCCUUGUUUCUAUACCUACGAUACUUUAACAGGUGAUCGUAUACCCUCUUUACCUAAAACGCUCUGAAAGCUAAAUACCAUUUACAUGUCUGGCAUAAUUGCGAUCGAAGCGAGUUAUCCAACUUAAAUUAUCAUUGACUUAUCAGUUCAAAAUAUUGGCAAGCGUAUUAGUAAUAAAAAAACAUAUUUAGUGGUUUUCCUAAAACAAUAAUUAUUGAGUUAAUUUCGUAAUUAAAUUUCAGGAAGUGAAUGGGAUUACGUCAUCAUGUCUUUGGUUCGUUCCCUAAAGAAAGAAGAAAUCGACCCAGAGCCCUCCCUCAGCUGGCUCGGUGAACACCUGGGAUUCUUAAGAGACGAACAUCAAAUGAACGUGGGACUCACACGAGCACGCAGAGGGCUUUGUAUUAUCGGUGAGAAAAACCACGUUGUUGCUUUUUUUUUGCCAGUGAACAAUAUUAAUUGGCAGUAUUCUCACUUGACAAAAAAACACAAACAGCCAUUUUGCGCCGCUGAUUGUUUUUGUUUUGUUUUUAACACAAAGCGCACCAAUCAAUAUAACGUGCAAAAGUGAUGAGGGGUUAGCCAAAGGGCGUGAUUUUUAUCAAACUACAGUUACUGAUUCGGGAGAUUUAGUGUCCGAGUGGUCUCAUUGUUUUAUUGUUGGCUUAUCUAGAUGGGUGUUCUGCCAGUUUAAUAUUCUUGUUCUAAACAAACGUUUUUUCUCCCUUAGGAAACAAAAAUCUUCUUGGGAUGGACGAAAUGUGGAGCAAGUUGAUAGAACACUAUGA